AUGUCCGCACCCAAUUCCGAGAACUCCUCAACCCUGGAGAACGCCAUGCAGCUGAUGAUCCAGACCUUCCACAAGUAUUCCGGCAACGAGGGUGAUAAAUACACGCUGAGCAAGGCCGAGCUCAAGGAGAUGCUCACAAAGGAACUGGGACACUACCUCGGGAACGCCCAAGAUAAGGAGGCGGUGGAUAAGGUCAUGUGCGACCUAGACGCCAAUGGGGAUGGCGAGGUGGAUUUCACCGAGUUCAUCAUUCUGGUGGGCGCCCUCACCGUGGCCUGCAAUGACUUCUUCUUGGAGUUUAACGAAAAGCCGACGAAGAAGAAGUGA